AAUGUCCGAUAAGAGUAUUAAUAAAUUCUUGUUUGAAGCAAUUUUAUAACGUAAUAAUAUGAGAUUCCAAGCAUGCACCAUUGUCAGACAAUUUUUGAGAGUACAGACUAUUUAUGAAACCGCAUUACUAUCUAAUUGCAUACCUAAAUCUAGCUUUGAAGUAACAUCAAGAUUUUCAGGCAGUUUUCCAGUUCCACAAUCCGCUACCUUCUUGCAAGACGAUAAGAACGCUAAAGUUGUUCUAUUAGGAACAGUACAUUUUAGUAAACAGUCUAUUGAAGACGUUUCAGAGAUAGUAAAACAUUUGAAUCCAAAUGCAAUAUUAGUAGAGCUAUGUCGCCAAAGAGUGUCUCUGUUGGAGUUGGAUGACAAACAAUUUCUAGAAGAUGCUAAAAAUUUUGAUGCCAGGAAAUUCAACAGAGAGGCAGCUAAAGGUCAGAAUUUUGUAUCUGGUAUGCUCCAUGCAAUGUUAUUGAAGACAUAUGCUGACAUCGCUAAAGAACUGGGUGUGGCACCAGGUGGAGAAUUUCGUAGAGCGUACCAUGAGAUGAAGAAAAUUCCAGGCUGCAAGUUGUUUCUUGGUGAUAGACCAAUUCAGAUAACUAUAGCGCGAGCCUUUCAGUCGCUAAGCGUGUACGAACUUGGCCAAGUGCUUUAUCACCUCACUACGGCUAACCCCAAACCAUUAGAUAAGCAUCAACUAGAGAAGUAUAAGGAUAAGGAUUUUGUGCAAGCGCAAUUUGAAGAAAUUACGAGAGACGUGCCCGCGUUUAAAAAAAUAUUUCAUGUCUUCGUCGACGAGCGUGAUAAAUGUCUUGCGUAUUCGAUACAAGAAUGUGUUCGCAGUGUUAAAAAACCCCGUGUUCUGGCAGUGGUGGGGAUGGGCCACGUUGACGGAAUAUCAAAAUAUUAUGGAAAAAUGAAACAAGAACAUAUAAUACCGUUAUUAGUGAUUCCACCUGAACCUCUAUACAAAGUUUUUAUAAGGAAAGGAUUAAAAUUUACAUUUUACUUCAUGAUUUUUUCCUUCUUUUACCGACUUCUAUUUGGGUAAUCUAGUCAAGUAAAAAUAAACAAAAAAAAUAC